UACCAGGCGCCAUCCUGUAACACGGACAAUGACUACCAAGCACCAUCCUGUAACUACCAACUAUCCUUCCCUCAUAAACUACAACUAUGAAUCUAAAGACACACCACCUUGUGGUAGAAACUAGUCAUUACAUCUUCCACCUCCAGACAGUGAAUAACAUUGAACCAGAACAAAAACACAUUGACUUUGCCUGAUACUUCAUAUUAGAUUGAAUAAUCUGACUGUGACUAUUGAUACCUCAUUAACAAUUCCUCUCUAUGUUCUGCUCUCCUCAACACCAGCUGUUUCUCUGUCUGAUGUUGUCUUCCCUCCUCCCUCCCUCUGAAAUGAAGAAACACAGAAGUACAGUACAGUAGAGACUAGCUAAAUGUACCAUCACUGUUACAUUAAGCCUGAGUACUGUCUCUGGCUGUUCUAGGUGAUGUGAUGUUCUCUGGUGUUGGUCUGGGUGUUCUAGGUGAUGUGAUGUUCUCUGGUGUUGGUCUGGGUGUUCUAGGUGAUGUGAUGUUCUCUGGUGUUGGUCUGGGUGUUCUAGGUGAUCUGAUGUUCUCUGGUGUUGGUCUGGAUGUUCUAGGUGAUGUGAUGUUCUCUGGUGUUGGUCUGGGUGUUCUAGGUGAUGUGAUGUUCUCUGGUGUUGGCCUGGGUGUUCUAGGUGAUGUGAUGUUCUCUGGUGUUGGUCUGGGUGUUCUAGGUGAUGUGAUGUUCUCUGGUGUUGGUCUGUGUGUUCUAGGUGAUGUGAUGUUCUCUGGUGUUGGUCUGGGUGUUCUAGGUGAUGUGAUGUUCUCUGGUGUUGGUCUGGGUGUUCUAGGUGAUGUGAUGUUCUCUGGUGUUGUUCUGGGUGUUCUAGGUGAUGUGAUGUUCUCUGGUGUUGGUCUGGGUGUUCUAGGUGAUCUGAUGUUCUCUGGUGUUGGUCUGGAUGUUCUAGGUGAUGUGAUGUUCUCUGGUGUUGGUCUGGGUGUUCUAGGUGAUGUGAUGUUUUCUGGUGUUGGUCUGGGUGUUCUAGGUGAUGUGAUGUUCUCUGGUGUUGGUCUGGGUGUUCUAGGUGAUGUGAUGUUCUCUGGUGUUGUUCUGGGUGUUCUAGGUGAUGUGAUGUUCUCUGGUGUUGGUCUGGGUGUUCUAGGUGAUGUGAUGUUCUCUGGUGUUGUUCUGGGUGUUCUAGGUGACGUGAUGUUCUCUGGUGUUGUUCUGGGUGUUCUAGGUGAUGUGAUGUUCUCUGGUGUUGUUCUGGGUGUUCUAUGUGACGUGAUGUUCUCUGGUGUUGGUCUGGGUGUUCUAGGUGAUGUGAUGUUCUCUGGUGUUGUUCUGGGUGUUCUAGGUGAUGUGAUGUUCUCUGGUGUUGGUCUGGGUGUUCUAGGUGAUGUGAUGUUCUCUGGUGUUGUUCUGGGUGUUCUAGGUGAUGUGAUGUUCUCUGGUGUUGUUCUGGGUGUUCUAGGUGACGUGAUGUUCUCUGGUGUUGUUCUGGGUGUUCUAGGUGACGUGAUGUUCUCUGGUGUUGGUCUGGGUGUUGUUCUACUACUGCUGGGUCUGCUGCUGUUCAUGUUCUUUAGACAGAGGAGAGACAGAGACAGGAGACCAACAGCAUCUAAACACUCUGCCAGGCUGUUGGUGUCUGACUCCAUGACAACCAACCAGGAUCCAGACACAGGAACCAUCACCAACCCCAUCUAUGCCACAGGGACCAAUCAUAACCCAGAUACAGCCUGUGAUAUCAUCACCAUCUAUGCCAAGGCAACCAAUCCUCAUCCAGAUGACAUCUACUCCAACGUUGGAGGUGGAGAGGCUCCAGACAGUGUGACGUAUGCUACUGUCAACAUCCCCAGAGAUCCAGCCUGACUCCACUAUGCUACUGUCAACUUCCCCUGAGAUCCAGCCUGUCUCCACUAUGCUACUGCCAACUUCCCCAGAAAUCCAGCCUGUCUCCACUAUGCUACUGUCAACUUCCCCAGAAAUCCAGCCUGUCUCCACUAUGCUACUGUCAACUUCCCCAGAAAUCCAGCCUGUCUCCACUAUGCUACUGUCAACUUCCCCAGAGAUCCAGCCUGACUCCACUGUGCUACUGUCAACUUCCCCAGAUAUCCAGCCUGACUCCACUAUGCUACUGUCAACUUCCCCAGAGAUCCAGCCUGUCUCCACUAUGCUACUGUCAACUUCCCCUGAGAUCCAUCCUGUCUCCACUAUGCUACUGUCAACUUCCCCAGAGAUCCAGCCUGUCUCCACUAUGCUACUGUCAACAUCCCCAGAUAUCCAGCCUGUCUCCACUAGGCUACUGUCAACAUCCCCAGAUAUCCAGUCUGUCUCCACUAUGCUACUGUCAACUUCCCCAGAGAUCCAGCCUGUCUCCACUAUGAUACUGUCAACUUCCCCAGAGAUCCAGCCUGUCUCCACUAGGCUACUGUCAACUUCCCCAGAGAUCCAGCCUGUCUCCAGUAUGCUACUGUCAACUUCCCCAGAGAUCCAGCCUGUCUCCACUAUGCUACUGUCAACUUCCCCAGAGAUCCAGCCUGACUCCACUAUACUACUGUCAACUUCCCCAGAGAUCCAGCCUGUCUCCACUAUGCUACUGUCAAAUUCCCUAGAGAUCCAGCCUGUCUCCACUAUACUACUGUCAACUUCUCCAGAGAUACAGCCUGUCUCCACUAUGCUACUGUCAACUUCCCCAGAGAUCCAGCUUGUCUCCACUAUGCUACUGUCAACUUCCCAAGAGAUCCAGCCUGUCUCCACUUUGCUACUGUAAACUUCACCAGAGAUCCAGCCUGUCUCCACAAUGCUGCUGUCAACUUCCCCUGAGAUCCAGCCUGUCUCCACUAUGCUACUGUCAACUUCCCCAGAGAUCCAGCCUGUCUCCACUAUGCUACUGUCAACUUCCCCUGAGAUCCAGCCUGUCUCCAUUAUGCUACUGUCAACUUUCCCAGAGAUCCAGCCUGUCUCCAUUAUACUACGGUCAACUUCCCCAGAGAUCCAGCCUGUCUCCACUAUGCUACUGUCAACUUCCCCAGAGAUCCAGCCUGUCUCCACUAUGCUACAGUUUUUUACUCCACUUUACUGUCGUGACUUGACUUUCAUUAAUCUGAUGAAUGUUUUUGCUUAAAUCCACUAACUAUGUUUAAUUGUUACCCAAUUAAAUUAAUCAUGAAACAAUUAACUCAUUAAUAUUUAGGGCACCACGGAAUAAGUUGUUUAAUGACUCAUCUCCCAAAUUAAACUCAAGAAGCUAUAUAAGAUAUAUAUCAAUUACAGUCACUUAUUAAUUAUUACCUCAUAUCAGUCUCAUUCUGAACAGUCACUUAUUAAUUAUUACCUCGUAUCAGUCUCAUUCUGAACAGUCACUUAUUAAUUAUUACCUCAUAUCAGUCUCAUUCUGAACAGUCACUUAUUAAUCAUUACCUCAUAUCAAUUCUCAUUCUGAACAGUCACUUAUUAAUUAUUACCUCAUAUCAAUCUCAUUCUGAACAGUCACUUAUUAAUCAUUACCUCAUAUCAAUUCUCUUUCUGAACAGUCACUUAUUAAUCAUUACCUCAUAUCAAUUCUCAUUCUGAACAGUCACUUAUUAAUUAUUACCUCAUAUCAAUCUCAUUCUGAACAGUCACUUAUUAAUCAUUACCUCAUAUCAAUUCUCUUUCUGAACAGUCGUAACCUUCUUGGAUCUGCAAGAACCCCAACCUUGAUCAUUAUUCAGUACUAUACAAUUUACUAACAAUUACUAACUAACUAAAUAAUAACAGAACACACACUUACUUGCAUGACACAAAAGUCCCUAGUGGUCUAACAAGAUAUGACGGCUUGAAAUGGACACUUAUCAUGGUCACAUUCCAUAACUAUUCUCCCAUUAAUCGCAUACUUUGCACACGAACCACCGCCCAUUCGGUAUAAGAAAUAAUGAAUGUAUUUACGUGUUGAAUGCUGUUCUUUGUUUAUCUCGGUCGGAAAUAAGUAUUUUCGGAAAGUUGUUGACCUUCCAGCUGUUUGGCUCUGAUUGCCCGAAAGGGGUUUCCCUUUCCCGUCUUCUACUGUUGUUCACCUUGGAAGAUAACCAGCCAUGUCAACAGUGAUGAGAGUUGGUGAUGAGCAUAGCAAGAUAGUCCUUUAUAUUAGUUUUUCUUGAUAUCUGACUUAAGACAGCUAAGCAGCUGUACCAGUGAUUGUCUGAGGUGAGCUUCUCGCCUCUUCCUCCUUGUGUUGGCACUCAGGAUUCGGACCAAUAUGGACAUGAGCUGCAGCU